ACAGAGCCAUACAAAGCAGCAUGCUUACAGUGUAAAGCGUACACACAGCUAAGUGUGAAUCAGCAUACAGUUAACCCUUUGGUCACCCCACAUGUUAACCCCUUCCUGCCCUUUGCCAUUAUGCUUUUUUUUUUAGCACUGAUCACUGUAUUGGUGUCACUGGGAAUGUCAGUGAGACCAAGUCAAUUCCCCCCAGUGUCAGAAUGCCUGCCACAGUCCCACUAUAAGUCGCGGAUCACCGUCAUUACUAGUAAAAAAAAAAUUUUUAAAUCCCAGUAUAUAUACCGU